UAUUCUAACGUAGCUACUUCAGGCAACAUCGCUCCUAUAGCCCUGCCUUCUGGUAAUGAACUCAACAAUCAGUUCGCUGGUGCCACUGCCACUGCAUCUGGUUUCGGCCUCACCAGGGAUGGUGGUAGUGUCAGCCAAACCUUGAACCACGUCAACUUGCCUGUGAUCACGAACAGUGUGUGCUGGCUGUCCUUCCCUGGAAUUAUCCAGUCUUCUCACAUUUGCACCAGCGGCGCCAACGGUAGGAGUACUUGCGAUGGUGACUCCGGUGGCCCCCUUGUCGUAACCAGCAACAACAGACGCAUCUUGAUUGGUGUGACCUCAUUUGGUUCCGGUCGUGGUUGCCAAGUCGGAGCGCCUGCUGCCUUCGCCCGAGUUACCUCUUACAUCAGCUGGAUCAACCAGCGUCUAUAA